AGAUAAAAAGCAACAUACCGAACUGAAAUAUGAGGUGUGGUUAAUGCUCGAAUUGUACAACAAAUAAAUCAUAAUCCCUAUUUAUUUUAUCAAGUAUUAAAUAGUAUUACAUAUAAUUUCAAUUAAUUGCAAUGACCGGACGAUUACCAGCUUGUGUUAUAGAUGUGGGAACCGGGUAUACCAAACUUGGAUUUGCUGCUAAUAAGGAACCACAGUUUAUAAUUCCAUCCGCAAUUGCUAUUAAAGAAUCUGCUAGAGUUGGAGAUCAAUCUGCUCGCAGAGUUACUAAGGGAGUAGAAGACUUAGAUUUUUUUAUUGGAGAUGAAGCUUUUGACGCUUCAGGAUAUUCCAUUAAGUACCCUGUUCGGCAUGGGCUGGUGGAAGAUUGGGACUUGAUGGAACGAUUUUUUGAACAAUGUAUUUUCAAAUAUCUACGAGCUGAACCAGAAGAUCAUUAUUUCUUAUUGACUGAGCCACCUUUAAACACACCAGAAAAUCGAGAAUAUACAGCAGAGAUAAUGUUUGAAACAUUUAAUGUUCCUGGUUUAUAUAUAGCUGUACAAGCAGUUUUAGCAUUAGCUGCUUCUUGGGCAAGUCGACCAGUUCAUGAAAGGACAUUAACUGGCAUUGUGGUAGACAGUGGAGAUGGAGUAACGCAUGUCAUUCCUGUGGCUGAAGGUUAUGUUAUAGGAUCUUGCAUCAAACAUAUUCCUAUUGCUGGUAGAAAUAUAACUUCUUUUAUACAAAGUUUGUUGAGAGAACGAGAAAUUGGAAUACCUCCAGAACAGUCAUUAGAAACAGCAAAAGCAAUUAAAGAAAAAUAUUCCUAUAUCUGUCCUGAUAUUGCAAAAGAAUUUGCCAAAUACGAUGCAGAACCUUCCAAAUGGAUAAAGAAAUACGAUGGAAUAAACUCUGUAACUAAAAAUCCAUUUUCAGUGGAUGUAGGAUAUGAAAGAUUUUUAGGACCUGAGAUCUUUUUCCAUCCAGAAUUUUCUAAUCCUGAUUUUACAACACCUUUAUCUGAAAUUGUUGACUAUGUCAUUCAACGCUGUCCCAUUGAUGUGAGAAGGCCUUUGUAUUCAAAUGUUGUGCUAAGCGGUGGGUCUACAAUGUUUAGAGACUUUGGCAGACGACUUCAACGUGACAUCAAAAGAUCUGUAGAUGCAAGAUUGAAAGUGUCAGAAGACUUGAGCGAUGGAAGAAUAAAGCCAAAACCAAUCGACGUGCAAGUUAUUUCCUAUCAUAUGCAAAGAUAUGCUGUUUGGUUUGGUGGGAGUAUGUUAGCGUCCACUCCUGAAUUUUAUCAAGUAUGUCAUACAAAGGCUGAUUACGAGGAGUAUGGUCCUGGAAUAUGCAGGCACAAUCCAGUUUUUGGAACAAUGACAUAGUAGCUAUUAGUGACAAAGUGAAUAAGUAAAAAAUCAAGUUUCAAAAGUCAUAGUAACAUUGUGCUUUAUUAUAAGGGGAUUUUAAAAAAAUUUGCAAGA